CAGGUGUCCAAGUCGCCACCGACUGCAAAACACAUCAGCCAUCGUCAUGCACGUGGCAUACCCGGUUCUGGGGGUGGGGCAGGCCAAGCACCUGAUUGCAAUCUGCGGGGGAGGCGGGUCUGCCAAGACGGGAGUCAAGAACACCGUCGAUGUCUACUCGAUGCCAUCUCGCGGAGUGCCAUAUCGACUUCUCGGUAGCGCCGACACGGGGAGCGAACUGCCGUCAUCGGUUGCCAUCUCGUCGGACGGGUCGUGGCUGGCUGUGAGUGUGAAUGCAGCGUGCUGGGUCUACGAAGUUCUUGCCAAGGCAGCGUCGACGGAUUCCGACACUCCCGACGCUGCCCCCGCACUCGAGCUGGUGCUUCGAGUGAAGUUCCGCACAGACUUCUGCGCCAUCGACAGCAGCCAGACGUGCGCAUGCUUUGUCGGUCCGCGCACGUUGGUUACCGGGGGCGAAGACUCGGUGAUCCGCAUCUGGACGAUCUCCCACUCGCCUUCUUCAAACCCGACGACUCCCACGACCGCUGCUUCUCUCAUUGCCGGACCUCCGCCGGCCAAGGAUGACGACGCCGAGCCAGUCCCUGUCGUCACGCCUGUUGUUGGCGACCAAGCAUUCCACGACACCACCGUAGUCACCCUCGCCAACGAAUAUCGCGGACAUACAAAGCGCAUCAAGCAGAUCCACGUCGACCCAUUCAGCCGGAACGCGGUCGUGACGUCGGACGAAGGCGCCACUUGCCACCUCUGGCGCAUCGAUGACCCGUGCGCCGCCGCCUUCUUCACGACCACCGCGCCAGACACACUCCGCGACCAUGUGCUUCCAAACAACCCACCAACCACUAAAGGACCGUUUAAGCACCAGUUCCGAUGCGUACGCUUUUCCCCUACCGGCCAAGCGCUGUACACGGUGCUGUCGCCCCCCCGAGGCGACGCGUACCUGUUGAAGUGGGUACCCACGACGCUCGCACAGGAAGAUGCCACGUCAUGGCCGUGGCGAGUGGCGGCGGUGGCGCUGGCGGGCCCCGAGCCGGUGGGCAGCUUAACCGUGAGCGACGACGGCGCCGUGGUGGUGACAGCAACAGCGUCUGGAGACCUCUACUCUUUCGACGCGGCCAACUUAACCCGCGGGAGCCCAAGCAGUCCCGAAGCCCAUACUUUUGCUAUCACUGGCUUGGCGUGUCAAGCUGUGGUACCUGGCUCCUUGUAUCGGCUGUGUUCGGCUGGAGCUGACAAGCGGCUUCUGGUGCAUCGCGUCGAGUUGUCGACGGCCAAAGGCGGGGGGUUAACCUGGGCGACCACGUUUUGGGCGUUAUUUUGGAGUGUUUUCGUGGGUAGCAUUGUCGCAUGGACGGGUCUCGUGUACUUUCACGUGUCGCAGGCAGGGUUGCUGGUCAACCACCCGUUCCAGGGGGUCGAGGCCAUCUUGGCGUCCAAGUUUGAAUCGAACGACGCUAUGGCCACCGUGAUGGCCGGCCUCGUGGGGUUGCUAGCGACGUUGCUCAGCUGGGUGCUGUGUUUGAACUCCCGAGCCCUCCACGGAGUGUUUUGGAUCGGUCUGGCGCUGCUUGUGCUCAGCGGCGUGUCCUUGUGGGUGGCCGCCACAGACGAAUUGCAUGUGAAGUGGGUAGAUGGAGUCGACUUGGUCGAGUACAAGGCGUGCAUCGUGUCGGCGGUGGCCGGCGUCGGGUUUUUGCUGCUGCACUCGAUCGGGCUCAUGGUGUUGUGAGUGUUUAUAUUGUCCGAUCAGCCACAAUUUGGACUUAUAAGAGCAUCUCGAACCGGGAUCCGUCUAUCUACUACUAGUAUGCUGACUUGCCAAAUCCAUCGAUCGAGUUUUUGUUGGUACAACUGAAAUGAUUAAUGGGAUGCCCAUCACACUAGUUAAAGUAUCACGCUAAUUAAAGUAUCAUACUAAUUAAAGUAUCAC